AGAGUGGAGCCAAAGAUUCUCACUUUCCACGGUGCACAACCUUUGGGCCUUCUGUCGAUCCGCAUUUCUUGUAAGACUGACCAAAUUGUUUCGUUGUGCAUCAAGAUUCGUUUCAGAUUUCACCGCUCAACUGUCUCGAAUCCACGAGCAACACGCGGAGGAGAUUCAGCGAUUAGUCGAAAGCUUCAGAAAGAAGAAUUCCGAACUUCGUAAUGAACGAGCACCCUGUAACAACCACAUGUUCGACGUGUGGGAAAGCCUUCUACAGGAAGUGGAGGUGGAUUCCCAAAUCCACGCCGACGUGGCAGGCACCCUCAACAGACAGAUAUCGCGUCCACUCAUCGAGAAGACCUUCUUCAGGAAAAUUCAGUCCAGGAAGGUGUUCACCCACAGAGAGAGCUUCGAUACCAUACUUUUAAAGACUGAGGACAUGCUAAAUAAGUGUCGUCGGGAUUACUCGGAUGCCUACCUGGCCCACUACCGCACCCAGACCAACGCCUCGCUAGCUGCUUACUUCGACGCCCACAACGCAUACGUCCAGCAACUGCACGCCACGAACGGCAUGCUUCAAGAGUACAACAGAUCCACGCUCCCUACACUUCUAGAGGAGUUAGAAGGUGUCUAUUUAGAUGUCAGCACCGUUUUAGCAGAUUGCAUCCUAUGCGGUGCUCAUACUGUCGCAAAUAGGGCGCUCGAACAGAGCAAGAGAUACGAAUCACUCACCGCGACUUGUCGCAGCUCCGAUAGUCGGGCAGACGUCGCGGCCUUCGUCAGGUUCAUCGAGGGCGCAGGUGCUCCCGGGGGGCCCACCCCCCCACACCGCUUCAUGCCCCCCCACUUACCGGCUCCUGGAGACUACCCUGACGGUGAAGGUCUGCAACAGCAGGAACCACCUGCUCCUGCUAACCUGAAGGACGAGCUGAUCCUCGACAGAUUAGCGGCGCUGUCGUCGAGGAAUAGGCACGAAGCCCUCAAGAAGGAAGCUGCAGAUCUCGAGCGUCAAAUUGCCCAGUUGCAGGAUUCCCAGGAAACGCUUCUCAGAAUCCAACAGAGGAACAUCGAGGCGAACCUCUUCAACAAAGUCAACGAGAUUCAAGAGGACCUCAGCUUGAAGAGAUUUGAUUUAAGGGUAGCUCAAGUCCAUCUCUCCGCCGUCAAAGCCCAGAAAGAAUUAUUUGCAUCGAAAGACUCGGGAGGAGCAGAGGGCCGAGAGAGAAAAAUGUCGAACUCUAGCGGCGGUAGUAUGAAGACCAAAUGGAUGAAGGCAUUCAAGUCCCUGAAGACUUCGGAGCCUUCUUCGGGAAGCAAGGCCCCCACCCAGGUGACUUUCAGUUUGCCCCCCGGUUCUCCGUCGACGAAGCGGUACACUUUCUCAAGUACCGUUCUCAGCGUCAUGGCCAACAGAAAGAACUGUCGGGACAAAGAUUCUGCCGCCAACUUCGAGACUGCGCAUAUCUUUCAAGAAUACACUUAUAAGAAAAUCACCGCCUGUGAUGUCUGCCAUCAGAUUCUUAGAGGUCAUUCGCGUCAGGGUCUGAAGUGUCGCAUGUGCAAGAUCAACGUCCACGCUGCUUGUCAAGAUCAAGUGGCCAAGUGUCAGCCCAAGUCCAGAUUGCUCAGGCGACAGAGAUCCACCUCGGAAAUUGAGGCAAAGCAGAUGGAAGCAGGAGACGAUGACACGACGCCGAAUAUCAGCUUCAGCUCUCUAAUCGCCAGUCAGCCUACUAGGCGAGGUGCUGAGCUCCCUGCUCCCAGUGCGACUACAGAAAUCCAAAUAGACAAGAGUGAGGAGGUGGACCUGAUUUACCAGGUGCUGAAACAGGCAGGUGACCUGGGUGGGCGUCGCAGUACCCACGGGUCUAUGGAGCGUGAUUUAGGUCGUGAAGUGGGAGGGUCAGGGGCGUCCUCUGGUUCCGGCAGCGCUACCUCCCUCCACCGGCGCCACCCGAGACCCACUAACACCGGCACAACCCUCACUGUCAACCCUGCUCCCGUGGCCUCCUGUUCAGGCUCUCGAGGGCUUGCGAUGAUGACGAUGAGCCAAUCAAUGUACUCGAUGGAAAUUAUAGCUCCCAUCAGCCCACGACGUCAGAAACUCAACUUGAGAAUGAAAAGUUUUUCGCUUGACUCUCCGGAGUCGAGCGAACAGGUCCAUCGACGGCACCAGGGAGGCUCGUCCCACAUCAGCCAUGCGUCCUCUCAUAGCCAGUCACCAUCGAGUCCUGUGCAUAACCGACGCCUUUUAACCACUCGUAACAUGAGGAUGAGUUCUGUAGAACUUCCUGAUGAAAAUGAGAAAUCUCUAAGUUCUGCAAGCACCUCACCUUGUCCUUCUCCUGUUAGUAAAAAACCUCAUCGCCUUCUUCCCACCAACCUUUAUGUGGUGCUGUACAAUUUUACAUCUCGACAUCCAGAUGAACUUGAUUUAAGAGCUGGUUAUAAGGUGACUGUGAUUGAUACUUCCGAUCCAGACUGGUGGCAAGGCAAGUGCCUUGGAAGAACUGGUUAUUUUCCUUCUAAAUAUGUGACCAGGCUUAAUUGUGGUGAGAAGCCAUUGCAAGUGACCCAUAAUCUCCAGGUCACAGAUGGAGACAAUGGUAUUAAGUUACUGCGGGACCAGAUUGUGAUCCAGAUAGGAGAAGAGGUUGAUGGCAUGGUAAUGAUUCGCAAUGGAGACAACCAGCAAGGAGUGUGUCCUCUCAAAUACUUGCAAGAGGCUUGAUCUCAAAGCUGUCACAACCAGAGGACUCCAAAAAUUCUUUAUUAUAAAACACAUGUGUUGUGUGUUUCAUCUGAUGUACUUGUUCACUGAAAAUCAUAGGCCUUGGUGUGGCCCAUAGACAGCAGUGAAAUGCACAUGGCAGUUCCAUGUCAUGUUAGAUAUAUGAAUUAGGUGACGGCAAAAUAUAUACUACAUACAAAUGGAUACAUCCCAGUCAUAUAUACCAAAGUAGUGUACAUAUAUGCAGUGUAUAAAUGCAAAGAAGCAUUUUCACUGGUAUAUACUUACACUUUUCAAGGCCAGAAUACUCUUACAAUAGACUCUUUAUUAGGAAGACUGGUUAAGUCAAUAGAGCUUCAUAUUUUCCUUUAUGAUUCCUAAUUAACAAAGUGGUUUGAGGUGGAAGAUAUUUAUUAUACAACAUUUGAAGAAAAAAGAGAGAAGAGAGGCUUUUUGUUUGCAAAGAGGCAUAAUAAAUCAUUCUUAAGAAAUGAUUACUAUUGAGUCUUAAAAUAAUCAAUGGUACAAUUUGCUAUAAAAUCCAAUUGCUUUCCAGUUUACAUCUGGUUUAGCAUUUAGAAAUAUUGAAUAGUAGCAACUUCUCAACCAUGGUGCAUAUCAGUCGAGUUCUUAUGUUGCAUAUAUGUGAAAAAUGUAGCUCAAUAGACUUUGCACAGUCUGCAGUUUUUAUUCCUCCAGCAUGCAUAUUCACAAAAGUAAGGUGUAUCAGAAACAGGAAAGUAACUUUUUUUAUUUUGAGAAUGUUUUAAUUUUCUGAAACUUUCAUGUUAGAUUCGUAAACAUAAUGGUAAAAGCAAGGCGUAUUGUGUAUGUCAAUGACUAUAGUAAAGAGAGCUGGAGUUUUUCAUUUGCAAAACCAUACUGGAAUAAUAACUUCAUAGAUAGUUAAUUACAUGAUGAUGUACUCCAUCUGCAACAGCAAAAACAUAUACUAUUUAAAUCUAAGUUACAGUUUCAUCCAUCAUCAUUAUCUUCACCUCCAAUGCAUGCAGUGCAAAGGGCUUGAUAUGUAAUUUUAUAAAUACAUAAUACACCUCCAUAGUCUUUAAUAUAGAUGCUAAAAUAGUACAAAAUGCAUGUGAAAUGGAUGCAUGCAAGGAAAUUUUAAUAAUUCAAAUGAGGUUCAUAGCACAGAGAUUAUUGGAAACUAUAGGCACCAGAGACUAUCAUGCAGCAUCUGAUUUAUGGUAAUUUUCUUGACUAAAGUAAUUCAUGAAAGAUUUAUUGGGAAUUUUUUUAUGUCACUUAUUAAAGUGUGUGGCACCUAUAAAACAUAAAUCUCUCACAAUAAAACAGAGACUAGUUCCAUACUCUUAACUGCAUGGAACAUCAGCAUAUUUUAUUUGUAUGUUUUGUGAUGUAUAAUUGUCAAGAUUAAGCUCAAUGAUCUUUGCAGGAAUCAAGUUCUCUUUUAUGCAAGAUUCUGGUAUAGUUUGUAAAGAUUACAUGGAAAUUAGGAUCAUGAUAACCAGCUCUUCAUGUACACAGGAAAAUUUAUUCAUUCAAAGUAACAAAUUGCCUCAUUGUAAAUAUAUAAUUAGUACAAGCAUCUUUGCAUACUCCUCUUACUUAUCAUUUUCUUGCAAGUUAAAACCUUUCAGUGUUGUCAGUUAAUUUUACCAAAGCAAAGCCUUUUGUUUGACUUACAAAUACUCAUGAAUUGCCAAAUGGGUUUUUGCUGGUAGCCUAACAAAACUACUGUUUUUAUUAUUUAAACCUUCCUAAAAGAAGAGGGUGAAAGUUGUAUGAAUCAUAAAAUUGUUUAUGCAAUGUCAUUUCAAAGAAAAUUACUAGUUAUUACAUACCAAUGGGAACUUUGCCAUGAAACUGUAAAGGCCAAUUUGCAUUUGCCAUUAUGUUGACAUCAAAACAAAUCCAGACCUCUUGAUGAACAUUUUACCUAAAACUAAAUUUUGCUUUGUUUUAAAAGCAAUCUAUAUUAAGAUAUACUGCAUAAAUGUAUAUUCUCAUAUUCAUACAAAACAGGUAACUAUUUUCUUACAUGCAUACAGCCAAAGAUAUACAUGAUAUUUACUCCAGCAAAGACAUUGUUUCUAUGCACCUAUAAACACAGGCAUGUGAGUAAACAUGCGAGAGUGCAUACAUAUCGGUGUGGCUAGAAAAGGACAAUUGUACAGCUCAACCUGGAAAACUGAGCUGAUUUCUGGUUGAGUUUUGCACCCAUAUUCAUCGGACAUGUUAUUUGUAAAAAAAAAAAGAUAAAUAAAUAAAAAUAAAAAGGGUGAUGACAAAGCCAGUAACAUUCAUUCCUGAGCAUUAGUUGUUGUUGUUGCUGUUGUUGUUAUUGUUUAGCUCUUUUGCACACGACAUAUUCUCUGCACUUUUUUAAGGUGAUCACGAUACAUGUUUGCACAAUGGGAAAUCUUCUGAACAGUAGGUUUCCUUUCACUUGGAAGAUAGAAAGCUUGCUAAGUUGCUCUCACGUACUACAUGCAGCACCAGUGCCCCAAAGUGUCACUCUCCUAGAUCCAGAAAUCCCUCAAGUUAUCUCUGCAUAGCACUGAAGAACUCAGUGUAGUACUGUAUUUAAUUUCUUGAAACAUAAGUGAAAUCCUGAAAAUCUAAAAUACUUACGAUGCAUAAGAAGCCCAUGAAAAGGAAAAGUGCAACUCUGACAAUUGUGGAAGUGAGUGAAUUUACAAGAAAUGCAAACUUUCUACUUGUCUUUCAUAUGAUUGCUAUUUAAGACUGUAUCCAAGUAAACUCAAUAUAUUACUCUGUAACAACAAAUUUUAUAUGACCAAACACAUUCAAGAUGCAGUUCGAAAAUGGCAGAAAAAAAUUUAUAUUUUCAGUCCUUCCAGUAGACAUAAUAUAUGAAAUCAUACAAUUAUGAAGUGUAAUUAGGUUGUGAUACAUUAAAAUUAGGUUUGAAGUUAUGAUGAAAUGUAAUGUUUAAAAUGCUAUAAUGUAAUAUACUACUAACACUUAUGUAAUGUUCAGAAGCAGCCUAAUUAUCUAUUCCAUCCUGUACCAGUAAUAUAAUAUUCUGGUUUAGAUAUCACUUCAUUACACUAAUUUAUAUGCUAGAAUGUUUACCUUUUGUAGUUUCUUAUCAGAUCAUUUUAUUUUGAAUUUGUUAGCAUUAAGCACUUUUAGAAUGUUUUUGGUCAUUUAUCACUGCUUUUAUAACUAUGUAAGUAGAUUUAUAAAUUUCAUGUGAAACUCUCUAUCUUCACUGAUAUUACAUGCUUUACAUCCAGAAAUUCUUGUGCCUAAUACGCUAUUGUUUAUGAAGGCUUACAGUUACAAAUAUGGAUUGACAAAUAGGAAAGGAAUAUUGUAUCUACACUAUUUUUAAAAUGUAUGUAAGGAGCAAAAAUGAUGCUGGGUAUUCAAAUGUAUAAAUAGCAUGCUAUAAACUUAUGAUUAGUAUCCAAGACAGGAUUUACUGGUAAAUAUAUAAAAUUGUUUUUUUAUGGUUAUGAUAUGUAAAGCUAAUUGUAAUUUUCCUCAGAUUUCUAUAUAUAUAUCAAAUUCUUUAUAUUUCUAAUAAAACACGAAUAUUAGGUGAUAAAGCUAUAGGUGAGAUGAGAGAUAAAAGAAGAGCAGAUUUAUCAUUAACUGUAUUAGUCAUAUCACCCUGAUCCCAGGUACAGUAGUUACCUAACUCUUUAAACUCUGUGACCUCUGAUAUAGUUAAACCUUUAAUAAGUUGCCAGUAAGUAGAGUGAAGUUGCACUUUGGUCGUCUUAUACCUUCCCUCAGUUCCUGCCAUUUCCCUCGAACCUUUUUUUAUGCCAGACAUGUUGCAGUGGAAAAUCUAUUUUCAAUACUAAUCUAACAUUUUUGCACUAUCCUAUUAUUACUUGGAGUGUUAUGGCAAGGCUUGUAGUAGCCUUAUCUCCAUUAGCAAAGGCAAAAUCAUUAUUUUAAAAAAAUCAACUGGCAAUAAUUGUAUUUUUAUGUUUUUAUGAUGCCUUUGGAGAAGGAUGAGAUUUUGGUAAUCCACAGCAUGAUAAUAAUGCAAUAAGGUUUAUACUGUAUUAGCUUCUGUGGAAAAAAUUAUUUAAUUUUCAGUAAUAUGUAAAAUCAAAUGAAUGUUUGUAUUAAGUUUCAUUUAUUCAAUCCCUACUUCACUGAAACUUUUUAAAUAAAGCAACCACAAAUA